GCCUCCCGUCCUUCACCACGCGCUUGUGCUGGUCAGCCAUUUUCUGCAGUUACAUCGAAGCGGAAGUCUUUGACGAAGACGAUCUUCAUUUUCACGCUUUUGCGAAUUUCAAAUAUUUAAAAAUGAGUGAUGUUGAGGACACACGUUUCAAAGGGAGGGAAUCCAGCUCGCCGUCCAAAUCUGAGCGGGGCAGUCCUGCCCGUGCCAAGUCUAAGAGCAGAUCCGGCUCUCCCAGCCCUUCCCGAGCAUCCAAGCAUUCUGAUUCAAGAUCCCGCUCCAAGUCCAGGUCUCACUCCCGCCGACAUUCAAACCGGCGUUACAGUCGUUCACGUUCUCACUCCCACCGGAAAAAGUCACGUUCUCGCUCAUUCAGUCCUGAGUCCCGCCGCAGAAGGAGCCAGAGCACAUCACCUGCUUCGAACCGCCGCAAACACAAUGGCAGACGGAGCUCAUACAGCCAUGACUCCAAAAAAGACUCUCACAGUCAUGGUGAUUUCAGGGCCAAUCCAGACCCUAACACAUGUCUGGGUGUGUUCGGUCUGAGUCUGUACACAACAGAGCGAGACCUGAGAGAGGUCUUCUCACGUUACGGUCCUUUGGCUGGCGUCAAUGUUGUCUACGACCAGCGUACGGGGCGCUCUCGUGGUUUUGCCUUUGUUUACUUUGAGCGCAUCGAUGAUGCCAAAGAGGCUAUGGAGCGAGCUAAUGGCAUGGAUCUGGAUGGCAGAUGCAUCAGAGUGGACUAUUCCAUCACUAAACGUGCACACACCCCCACACCAGGCAUCUACAUGGGCCGGCCCACACAUAACGGAGGUGGUAGCAGCAGCAGCAGUGGGCGAAGACGAGACUCGUAUGAUCGUGGCUAUGAUAAAUAUGACCGCUAUGAUGAGUAUGAUUAUAGAAACAGGAGGCGCUCUCCGUCUCCCUAUUACAGCCGAUACAGGUCUCGCUCAAGAUCUCGCUCAUACAGCCCACGACGAUACUAAGAAGAUCCUGACUGCGUCUUGACAUGAAGUACAUUCACUGUACAAGAGGAAAAAUAAGCACCUGUGUCUGGUCAGACGAAGAGCAGCUCUAUCUUGACAAAGGAUUUGUGUAAUAGCUGUCUUAACUUUUAGACUUUCUAGUCAUUUUAAAGUCUGUAGAAAUCGUAGAUUGCGCCAUCAUGGAAAUUUGCGUGCAAACUUUUGUUUUAAUAGUGUGUUCUUACUGUCUGAUAUGAAUGUGCAUAUUCCUUUUUUCUUCAUAAACGCAACAUCCUUUGGCAGUCCUGUAUGUUGUGUUAAGUGUGAGUGUGCAUCUAUGUAAAUUCAAUGUACUUGAGAAAGCAGACUUAAAUUGCUUUUGUUUUCUGUGAUAUCAAGGUAUGUUAUUUUCAGGAGUAAUUGGUAUUGAUUUAUUUCUUUUUGAAGGAAUAAAGAACACAAAAUAGGCCUAAGUUGUGUUUUCCUUCUUGAAAAGGCAUGCUUUGAUGUGCUGUUCAAGUCUUUGAAUGUUCUACAAACACUGACAAGCUUGCUUUUUUUUCAGUUGUGAUGAAUUGUACAGAAAUGAGCUCAAAUUACUUUUUAUACCCUAAGCAUUUUGAGUGCUAAAUUUGAGUCCAGAUAUAAACUUUCUCUUAGGAAUGGAUGUUGCAAUGGCAAAUUCUUGUGUAGGUAAUUUAUAUAUGCUGAAUAAUUGGGAAAAUAUAAGUAUUAAAACAGCUCAUAAGAAUAUGACUUUGAACCAAACAAUAGAGCUAA